AUGGAGUCUUUUAAGCCAAGGACUGUUCCUUUGUGCCUGAUUACGGAAAUCCGUGAAACGACAGCUUUGGAAAUGCCUGACCGAGAAAAUACUUUUGUUAUCAAGGGAGAAGGGACAAUGGAAUAUGUAGUGGAGGCGGCCGAUUGGGAAAGUAUGGUAUCUUGGCUAAAUGCAAUCCGAAGCUGCAUACAGAUGGAUCCCAGUGGAAUGGAUGCUACGCUUGUCAUGAGGCCAAGGCUACCUACAGCUCCCUCUAGUGGCAGUGGGCGUGACCGAAGAGACCUCCGACAGCGAAAUUCAGUUCACGGAACCAUUGUAAGUGGACACGGUCAAGCAGCAGUUGACCUGCGUCCCUCUCGCCACGGCAACACAGGUCAGCGUCCUGUUAGUGCCAUGGCUCACAUCGGUUCACCAUCGACACACUUUUCACCUUCCUACCCCGACCAUGUGGGAGCAUCAGCCAGAUUUGAAGCUUCUCUUGAUGGUUCUGGCCCUGAGGGGGAACGCCAUAUUGAUCAGGUGCUGCAGGACUAUCCCUGGUUCCAUGGCAUGUUACUGCGUCGUGAUGCAGCGCAGUUAGUAUUGCAGCAAGGUCCAAUUGGUCACGGAGUGUUCCUGGUGCGCCAGAGUGAGACACGAAAGGGAGAGUAUGUGUUGACAUUUAACUUCCAGGGAAGAGCUAAGUCCCUUGAGUUUUUCCAUUUUUACCAAAAUUUGAAACAGUUGUUGCCAAUAUUUGGCAAAAUAUAG